GGAGACAUGUGGCACGCGUUUGGAGAGGUGUGGAUCCACUUUGGCACAGUUUGUUGUGUUUCUGAGGAGAACUGAAGAGUGUUGGAGAGGAGCGGAGUCCACGCGGGAGAUUCUGACAGCUCCACGGGCUUCACGGACAUCCGGGAACUUCCAGUCAAAAUGCUCUGUUCCACCUUGUGAUGUCAUGCAGUGAGUGUUGUACCAUAUUUUGGGUGAGCGUGAACUGAGUAAACUUCUCCUCCGUGGGAGCAGGCAGCGUCCCCUCCUCUUCACCCUCCUUGGAUGCUGCGCAGUGGGGACAGCUGCAUCAUGUCGUCCCCCUCUGCUCCGGAGCCCCAGCCUCUGCUCCAGUUGCAGGAGGCCGACUCCAGUAAAGCACACCAGGAUCGGACUCUCUCCCCUGGGCACGGCGCUCCGGUCUACAACCCCUCCUCCGGACUGGACCACGCGGUUUGUAUCCCGGCUCCCUACACCGACAGCUCCCAGGACUACCCCCCCACGCCGCUCUCCUUCUACAGCCCCUCUGUGCUCAGCUACCCCCGGCCCGCGCUCGCUGACGCCCCCUUCUGGUCGCCCCACGGACACGGCAACGUCCCCGCUCUGGCUCUGCACUGCCCUCCCCCCCUCCUCUACAACGAGCCCACCCCCCACCACGCCUGGAUCGAAGCCAAACCGCAGUUUCCCAGCAGCAGUGCUCUCCUGGGCUGUGGGUCAAAGGUCACGACCCUGAAGCAUGUGGAGGAGGAGGGGCCAGAGGGGGUCAGCUCAUGCUCCGCCCCCUUACGCUCGGACAUGCACUUCUGCGCCGUGUGUCACGACUACGCCUCCGGAUACCACUACGGCGUCUGGUCCUGUGAGGGCUGCAAGGCCUUCUUCAAGAGGAGCAUACAAGGUCACAACGACUACAUCUGCCCAGCCACAAACCAGUGCACCAUCGACAAGAACCGGAGGAAGAGCUGUCAGGCCUGCAGGCUGCGAAAGUGCUACGAGGUCGGGAUGAUGAAGUGUGGUGUGAGGAGGGAGCGCUGCAGUUACAGAGGCUCUCGUCAUCGCCGUGGUAACCUGACGGGGGGGCGGGGCCUGGUGCGGGUGGGCCUCACCUGUCGGAGUCAGAGACAGUUACACCUGGAGCCCCCCCUCGCCCCUGUCACCCCCCUCCCCCAGUCGUCCCACAGCCACAGCAGCGCCCCCCACAGCCCACACCUCACACUCACACCUGAGCAGUUCAUCUCCAGGAUCAUGGAAGCAGAGCCUCCUCAGAUCUACCUGAUGGAGGAGCUGAAGAAGCCCUUCACUGAGAGCAGCAUGAUGAUGUCCCUCACCAACCUGGCAGAUAAAGAGCUGGUGCUCAUGAUCAGCUGGGCCAAGAAGAUCCCAGGCUUCGUGGAGCUGAGCCUGUCAGACCAGAUCCACCUGCUGAAGUGCUGCUGGCUCGAGAUCCUCAUGCUGGGACUCAUGUGGAGAUCUGUGGACCACCCAGGAAAACUCAUCUUCUCCCCGGACUUCAAACUCAACAGAGAUGAAGGCCAGUGUGUGGAGGGCAUCAUGGAGAUCUUUGACAUGCUCUUGGCUGCCACCUCCAGGUUCAGAGAGCUGAAGCUCCAGAGAGAAGAGUACGUGUGCCUCAAGGCCAUGAUCCUCCUCAACUCCAAUCUGUGUAACUCGAGUCCUCAGACUGCAGAGGAGGCAGAGAGCAGAGCUAAACUCCUGCGUUUACUCGACUCUGUGAUCGACGCCUUGGUCUGGGCCAUCUCCAAACUGGGUCUGUCCUAGCAGCAGACGCUCCGGCUGGGACACCUCACCAUGCUGCUGUCCCACAUACGACACGUCAGUAACAAAGGGAUGGAUCAUCUCUCUACGAUGAAGAGGAAAAAUGUUGUUCUCGUUUACGACCUUCUCCUGGAAAUGCUCGACGCCAACACCUCCACCAGCGGCCGCGCCUCCCAGGCCUUCAGCCAAUCGCAGCCCGAGGUCAGCCCCCAAAGCCACACCCCCGAGUCCUUCGGCCAAUCGCAGCCCAAGUUCAGCCCCCAGAGCCACACCCCCGAGCCCUUCGGCCAAUCGCAACCGGAGUUUAUCCCCCAGAGCCACGCCCCCGACUCCUUUGGCCAACCGCAGCCGGAGUACACCCCUGCUGACCACGCCCACAUCCUCGACAGACACCUGCAAGCCCCGCCCACACACAGCCAGACGCCCAGUCACAGCCUGGUGCUCCCUCACAUGGAGAAUAACAAUUACCUGGCGUCAGACUCCUGGUCCAACUCCUGCGACACUGGCCCCGCCCCCUCGCAGUACCUCCUCCAAGAGCAGAGAGGGGGCGGAGCGAUGAACACAUGAGGGGCGGGUUUAUGGACACCUGAGAGAAGGGGGCGGGGCUUUAAACACCUGAAGAGGACCCCCCCUCCCUCCUCCUGUCCUCUGUGGUUCUGCUUCAUGGACUCAGUGUGGAACCUUUGAGCUCACAGGAGGAAACUCUCACAUCUCCACUUCUCCACACUUUUUCUACGAUUCCUGUGCGAUUCGUCUGUGUUUUGGUAAAUCGUGACUCUCUGACGCCGCUGGAGCCAAAGAGACUUGUGCUCUUUUUAAUCACUUUUACAAAUCGCUGUAACACUCAACAUGUACCAUACAAUACAAUACAAUACAAUACAAUACAAUACAAUACAAUACUACACAAUACUACACAAUACUACACAAUACUACACAAUACUACACAAUACUACACAAUACUACACAAUACUGCACAAUACUGCACAAUACUACAC